GCGGCGCGCCCCAUCGCGGCUCCGUCCCUGAAGAUGCCCGGCCGCGCCCGAAACCGCAGUUGACGGCCAGGAUGCACCUCGCCGGCGAAGUCUCCUCGACCACGGGCUACGAGCGCCUCGGCGCCCUCACGGCCGAGAUGCUCGCCGAGCGCACCAUCGACGGCCUCCUCGCCGAGCACCCGGGCGAGCUGGUGCGCACCGGCAGCCCCCACGUGGUGUGCACGGUGCUGCCGCCGCACUGGCGCUCCAACAAGACGCUGCCGGUGGCGUUCAAGGUGGUGGCGCUGGGCGACGUCGGCGACGGCACGGUGGUCACGGUGCGGGCGGGAAACGACGAGAACUACUGCGCCGAGCUGCGGAACUGCACGGCGGUGAUGAAGAACCAGGUGGCCAAGUUCAACGAUUUGAGGUUCGUGGGAAGGAGCGGACGAGGCAAGAGCUUCACGCUGACGAUCAUCGUGUCGACGUCGCCGCCGCAGAUCGCCACCUACAACAAGGCCAUCAAGGUCACGGUGGACGGGCCCAGGGAGCCGCGGUCGAAGACGCGCCAGCAGGGCUUCCACCACUUCCCCUUCGGGCCGAGGCACUUCGCGCCCGACCCCUUGACGGGCAGCCUGCCCUUCAAGCUCAGCGGUAUAGCCCACCAUUUGGCUGGACUUCCGGGACCUCCACCCGACUGGGCGAUGUUGGGAGGUCGCCACCCCUACCCCCCGGGCCCCUUCGUGCCCCACCACCACCCCCAUUUUCCACAUCAUAUGUUUGCAGCGCUUGACCGUCCAGUAAAUACAUCACCGCGAAUAGCAAACGAGCCCUCAUCUACCUCUCUGGGCCCCAUCUCCAUCAACUGCACCACCGCCCACAGCACCACCUCCCCCAAGACCUCCCCCGGCCAGGUCGGCCUGCUGACGACGGCGCCCCUGUCGCCACCUGAAGAUGACAUAUCCGUAACGGCGUCGCCGACUCCGUCCCCGCAGCCACCGCCGGCGUUCCCCGGGGCGCCGCCGCCCCCCAUUCAGAGCAAUCAAUUGUUCAAUAACGCGCUGGCCGCCAGCCUGUUCCUGAACGCCCCCCUGCUGCCGCCCCCGGGCCAGUGGUUCUACUCGCAGUUCUACCCCCACGACUGGGCCUGGAUGAACCUGCGGCAGCACUCGCUGCUGCCGAGAGGCUCGCCGCAGGAGGCGGCCCAGAACCCGGACAGCUCCGGGAGGUCGGAGGCGGUGGACGACGACGAGAAGGAGGCGAAGGACAAGGACGAAGGGAUGAACCUGUCGCUGAAUAAGUGCAGGAGAGCGGCGGUCACGCUGGUGCGGCAGAAGGAGGAAGUCAGUUCGAGUGAUAAGGACCUGAAGUGCAACAGGCUGGGGGAUGUGUGGAGGCCGUAUUAGUUAGGGGUAGGAGUAGAUUUUUUUAGAGGUGUUUG